AGGAGAUCCAAGAUGGCGGUCUAAGCAGCGACGUGCCGAAGUUCACUUGUAACUCUAAACCAUGAAGCCUGUUGUCCUCCUGUUCGAGUGUUGGAUUAAGAUCUGUUGAGAGCGAUAAUCGGGGUCUUCCAGAGUUUUCUCAGAAGGUUUCAGAUCUGCUCUGUUUUUAAGGUGUCUUUCUCUGGGAUGUCAAGUCUAGGUGGCCUGAGGGGGUUCAGCCCCAAAACACAGGCCACCAGAACAGAGACCCCAACUGUUGAGAGACGAUACAGCCAUCAAAAAAUGGACACGUCUACGUGUAAAGACUCCUCCAGAGCAUCUUGAAGGACAAAUUUGCCACCUGGCUCAGCUUGAACUUCGGAGCUUUUUUUCAAGACUUGACUGGUCACUGAAAUCACUUGUGUUGAUGUUUGAUUUUUAUUUAGGAAACCUUUAUUCCUCCCUCCUUAACCUCUCGAUACUCAACAUUUCAUCCAUCAAAUAACCGUCGCCCCCCCUCCUCUGUCCAUCUUCCCCUUCAAUCAUCCGCAUGUGUUCUUCACGCUGCAGGGCUGUAAGUUGAGAGCAGGUAAUGGAUAAUGCUGGCCAUGGUGACCUAGUGUAAAUGGCUAUUCCUCAGCAAAGCUCAGUGCCAGUAUCUACUGCUCAAUCUUCCGCCUCCACUCCCUCUUCCUCUCACCCCUUUUCCACCUCUCUGCCUUCCUUUCCUGUUCAUCGUUGCUGCUUGCUGCCCAUUCCUGCCUCUCCCCUCCAACACCAUGGUAGGUGCAGGCUUGGGUGUGUGGAAGUUAAUGAGAGGUGUACGCCAGCUGGAGCUUCACCGCCUCAUCCUGGCCCUUAUCAUCUUCUGCUUGCUCUCUAUGGCCUUCCUAGCUUACUAUGUCUCCAACAGUCCCAAAAUCAAGGAGGCCCCCCCUUUACCAUUCAGUGACUGUGGUGGAGGAGGGGGCAUUUCUUUGGGAGCAAGUACUGGGACUGAUGGAGGCGGACCAGGUGUCCAGAGGGCCCCGCUCUUUCUUCCCCCACGCCAGGGACGACUACGACAAGUAAAGGCAAUGGACAAUACCAGGACGCAGCCUGUAGUUUUGGUGUUUGUUGAGAGCAUCUACUCCCAGCUGGGCCAGGAGAUUGUAGCCAUAUUAGAAUCUAGCCGCUUCCGCUACCGGACAGAAAUUGCUCCUGGCAAAGGUGACAUGCCAACAUUGACUGAGCAUAACCGUGGGCGCUAUGCACUGAUCAUCUAUGAAAAUGUGUUGAAAUAUGUCAAUCUGGAUGCCUGGAACCGGGACUUGCUGGACAAGUACUGUGCUGAGUAUGGAGUCGGUGUCAUUGGCUUCUUCAAAGCUAAUGAAAACUCUCUUCUCAGUGCACAGCUGAAAGGUUUCCCCCUCUUUUUACACUCACACCUGGGACUCAGGGACUACCAUAUUAACCCCAAUGCCCCCCUACUUUACAUCACAAAGCCCAACCAGGUGGAGCAGGGCUCUUUACCAGGGGAUGACUGGACCAUUUUCCAGUCUAACCACUCUACCUAUGAACCAGUGCUUUUGGCCAGCACCAAGUCUUCAGAGGCGCUGGCCCAUUUUGGACCUGGCUCCCAGCGGGCCCUGCAUGCCACUGUGGUCCAGGACUUAGGCCUUCAUGAUGGCAUUCAGAGAGUUCUCUUUGGGAACAAUCUCAACUACUGGCUCCACAAGCUGGUGUUUGUUGAUGCUAUUGCCUACCUGACAGGAAAGAGACUGUGUUUGUCCUUGGACCGACACAUCCUGGUGGAUGUGGAUGACAUCUUUGUUGGCAAGGAAGGAACCCGUAUGAAGGUGUCAGAUGUGGAGGCAUUGCUCAAUACUCAAACCAAGCUGCGAGCGUUGGUCCCUAAUUUCACCUUCAACUUGGGUUUUUCUGGAAAGUUCUAUCACACAGGUACUGAUGAGGAGGACCAUGGAGACGACAUGCUGCUGCAACACAGAAUGGACUUCUGGUGGUUCCCUCACAUGUGGAGCCACAUGCAACCUCACCUUUUUCACAAUGUCAGCGUUUUGGCUGAGCAAAUGAGGCUUAACAAAAUCUUUGCUCAGGAGCAUGGCAUCCCAACAGACAUGGGCUACGCAGUGGCGCCUCACCACUCUGGGGUUUACCCAGUUCACAGCCAGCUGUACGAGGCCUGGAAGUCUGUGUGGGGCAUCAAGGUGACCAGCACUGAGGAAUACCCACAUCUAAGGCCGGCUCGAUACCGCCGCGGCUUCAUCCACAAUGGGAUCCAGGUGUUGCCCAGGCAGACCUGUGGUCUCUUUACCCAUACAAUCUUCUACAAUGAAUACCCGGGGGGAUCAAAGGAGCUGGACAAAAGCAUCAGAGGAGGAGAACUCUUCCUCACCGUCCUCCUUAACCCUAUCAGCAUCUUCAUGACUCACUUGUCAAACUAUGGCAACGAUCGGCUGGGUCUGUACACCUUUGAGUCUUUGGUGAAGUUUGUCCAGUGCUGGACCAACCUCAGGCUGCAGACAUUACCCCCAGUCCGUCUUGCAGAGAAAUACUUCCAGAUCUUCCCUGAGGAGAGAGACCCUCUUUGGCAGAACCCUUGUCAUGACAAGAGACACAAAGAUAUCUGGUCAAAGGAAAAGACCUGCGACAGACUUCCCAAGUUCCUUGUCAUUGGACCACAGAAAACAGGCACUACAGCGCUUCAUUCAUUCCUGAGUCUCCAUCCAGCGAUCACCAGCUCAUUCCCCAGCCCCACCACCUUUGAGGAGAUCCAGUUCUUCAGUGGAGCCAACUAUGACAAUGGGAUUGACUGGUACAUGGACUUCUUUCCAUUCCCUUCCAAUGUCAGCACAGACUUCAUGUUUGAAAAGAGUGCCAAUUACUUCGACACAGAGGUGGCCCCUAAAAGGGCUGCCGCCCUGCUUCCCAGAGCCAAAAUCCUGGCAGUGCUCAUCAACCCAUCUGACAGGGCUUACUCCUGGUACCAGCACCAGAGGGCCCACCAGGACCCUGCAGCCCUUAACAACACCUUCCAUGCAGUGGUGACAGCGGGCCCCUCAGCCCCUAGGGACCUGCUGGCUCUUCAGAGACGCUGCCUUAAUCCCGGGGCCUAUGCCGCUCACCUGGAGCGUUGGCUACAGCACUACCAGCCCAGCCAGUUGCACAUCGUGGACGGGGCCCUGCUGAGGUUAAACCCAGCACUGGUGAUGGAGGGAAUCCAGAGGUUUCUUGGUGUCACGCCCAUCUUCAACUACACCCAGGCUUUAAUGUAUGAUGACAGCAAAGGAUUCUGGUGUCAGCGGGUUGAAGGAGGACGAGCCAAAUGUCUCGGGAAGAGUAAAGGCAGGAAAUACCCCGAGAUGAGUUCUGAGUCACGUGCCUUCCUGGCAGAGUACUACCGUGAGAGCAACAUGGAACUUCUGCGUCUCCUGAAUCGGUUGGGCCAACCGCUGCCCUCCUGGCUCCGCCAAGAACUCCAAAGCACGAGCUGGAGCUGAGGCCACCUGCUCAUUCACACACGCAGACAGAUCACACACCACAGAAAAGCUUGGACUGAAGUCUGUGGAGGAGCCGAUGCUCGGCUCUGGAUUAUUAUAGACUAUCUGAUCCGUACGAGACAACAGCAAACACUAAAGAAGUUUCAAGUUCUAGCAGAUGGACUGUCUGCUCCUGAGAGAUCUUCAGUGUGGUGACUGAUAGAGUAUGACGUCUCAUGAACACUGCCCCCCUCCCCAGCCCAGGCGUUAUGCUUUGGUCAGGAGGCUGAUAAUGUUCACAACAGUGUGCUGUGGAUCCAGAGGAGUGGAUAAGGAGGUUUGAGGUUCAAAGAAGGGGUCAGGAAGUCUUAAUGUAAGGAGAGAAUCUUCUUGAGUAAGACUGUGGAUGUGCAGUAUAUGAGCAGACACAGGACUAACAUGCACACUCAUAGAAAUGUCUCAUCUCCUCAAGAAUGUCUGCGAUAAAGUCCUUUUGGAAAAGCAGUUGUGUAUAUAUGUAAGGUUUGAGGAGAAGGUGGGAAAAUCACGGCCAGCAGACUGAAGCAGAUGGUGCAGACAGACGGUCCGUAUCCUGGUUUUCAGUUACACACAUACAGUUGCAGGUCCAACCAACAGAGCGGGUACCACUCACCGUUUUGUCCUCACAGAUUGCCAGACGGUUUAACACAGAUCUAGCAAGUAUGAUGACAGGUCAGUGUAAAUAUCAUGAAGUUACAUUUGGUAUGAACUAAAGUCCACAUGUUGUCCAGGUCUGGCCCAGAGCCAGCAUCCUGUCAGAGCCCAGCU